GAUAAACUUAUUAAAUAGAUAAGAAAUGUCACUCUAAAUUGAUUUUUUGUUUGUUUUGGUUGAAACGUUUGAUCGGAACCCAAAAUGGGCGUGACCAAUUUAUGGACUGUCCUGGCCCCUGUUAAGAAGAAGAUUCCCAUUAGCUCCCUCAGAGGUCAAACACUGGCAGUGGACUUGGGCUUGUGGAUCUGUGAGAUGCAGUUCAUAAGCCACAAUCCGAUGUCAUUCCAGACCCCAUACUUGCGCACACUCUACUUCAGGAUUCUGAAAUUGAGUCAGCUAGGAGUGAAGUUGGUGUUUGUGGUUGAUGGGGAAGCGACAGACAUGAAGUUGAAAACAAUGCUCAAGAGGUUCAAGAAGGACUCGUGUGACAAAGUGAGUGAGGUUGUGAUGAGUAGACUGAAGAGCAGACGGAGUUUCAGAAGUGUGCAGAAGCAGUGCUGUCAGCUUCUAGAUGCACUCGGCAUACCACACCGAGAGAGCGAGGGAGAGGGAGAGAAGCUGUGUGCCAUUUUGAACCAGCAAGGUCUGGUAGACGGAGUAAUAACGAGCGACGGAGAUGCAUUUCUAUACGGGGCUCACAAAGUGUACCGCAAUCUAUCUAUCAGUGAGAAGGAACCUUCUAUUGAGUUCUACGACCGAGACGAGAUCAACAAGAAGCUGCACUUGUCACGGGAAGAUUUGAUCUGCUUUGGAAUCCUAGUUGGCUGUGAUUACAUCCCAAAAGGCGUCCCGGGAAUCGGAAAAGAAGGUGCGUUGAAGUUCUUAUCUGCAGUUCUAAAACCUCUUCAUCUAUUUAACGAAGCUCAUAAAUUGCAAAACGACUCAAGUCAUUGUUUAACUUGUCGUCAUGAAGGAACAGACCACGAGGAAAACGGCUGUUCACAAUGUCGAACUUCGGUUUCGUGUUACAUGAACUCAAAAUCACUUUGUUCAUGCCGACAACACUCUAAGUUGACCUUGAGCAACCAUUACAUUAUACUGACACUUGAAAAGUGUACACAAUUAGAAGAAUUUCCCUUCAAACCGAUAGUUAAAGAAUUUAUUGAUUCCCGUGCGCGAUUAAAGUUAGGUGAAAAAUUGGAAUUUAGAUGCCCAUCAUUGCAAAAAUUCAAAGCGUUUACUUCAUUGGUUUAUAUGUGGGAGCCGAACUAUUGCUUGCAACAAGCAGUUCUGAAUGCGGUUGCUUUUCAAAAUAAUCACCAAAAUUGUGAGAUUGCAAAUGGAUCAAAGAAAGACGGGUGUUAUUGCUCCGAGUUCAACCCUGUUAAAAUUGUAAAAGCGAGGAAGAAAAAUUUCGAAACGUGCGUUGAAGUUCAAUGGAGUGUACCAGAAGUGUUUCGGAAAUGUUUUGAUGAAAUUCAGAUAAAUGACAAUGCCGUAGAAAUGAGAACAGUUGAACCGGUUGAAAUUAUUUGUGAAAAAUUUUCUGAGCUCUGGAACGAGUAUGAAUCACAGAAAGUUAGAUCGAAAAAAGAGAAUCGAAAACCGACGAAGCGAAGCGCAAAAAACAAAGCGAUGAUUGAAAAUGGUGAUGAAAAUAUUGACGAUAAUUGUGUUGUGUCUCAAGAAGAAAAUCAAAACAAUGAGUUGUUAAAUGACUCCUUAAAAUUUCUGAAUUUGGAAUCGCCAUCAAAAAUGAGAAAAACACAAGAGCAAAAAGAGCUUCUUUUGAGUAAGACUCCAAAACAAAAAUGCAAUGAUAUGCGAGUAUCUGGUCAGAAUAUUGGCAAUAAUUUUCUACUGGACAAUCGAAAAAACAACCACCUGAAACGAUAUUGGUGUUUCUCGCCCUCCAGCGACCAAGCUGCGUCACAGCCAGUAUGUUCGGCGCCGAGAAUAACUUCAACUCCAUACAGAGCGCUUUCUCCCAACUCAUUUUUCCAGUCCGUAGAAAUAAAUGGGAAACAUAAUUUCUCGUCUUCGCCAAUUGCUUCAUCUGCGGUGAACAGUGCUAAAAUUUUCAAACCCCAAAUUGCACCAAGUCCUUAUUUAGACGUCGCAGAAAGAAUUAAAAAUCAACAAUUUUAUGGCAACACAGCAAAUAUAAAUAUGAAGGAAUCUGCGAAACCUGAACGACUUUUGUUAAGUUCCAGUGACGAAAACGAAGAUGAUAAUUUAGCUAAUGGAUUGAAAGUAGAGAAAAUUGACGAUGUUGAUGGCAAAUCUUCUGAUUCAGAGAUCGAAGCAAUGGAAGUUCCGAUGGCACCUGAAGUAGAAUUAAGGAAACAAGAGAAGAAAAGGAAGGCACUCGCAGUAGCCCAUAAAUUGAUCCUGGACGAUUCUGAUGACGAUUGCUUUCAGCAGCCCAAUGGAGUUGAAAACGAAAAAGUGCACGAUAGUAUUGUGAACAAAAUAGCUCUCAACCGGCGUGGUUCAAAUCAGCUGGCGGAAUAUGAUAAUGAAGAUCAAGAGGAUGAAGAUGAUAUAGUUUGUCUUGAAGAUGUUCCGUUAAUGGAAAGAUUGAAAAAGCGUAAAGAAAGUUGUCCUUAGUAGUGUUAUCAAUAAAAAAUUUAAUUUGUGCGGGAUAGUAAGUUGUUCUAAAGACAAUAUUUUUGUUUGAAUUCCUUGAUCUCAUGUUCGAUUCAAAUAUAGUGUGCUAUGGAAAUUUGAAAAGAAUCAAUUUUGACGGAAAAAAAAUUGUCAAUAUUAAUCAUAAUUU